ACUUGACACAGGUACCUGAAGAACAUAUCUGGAUCUUAGGUGAACAUAACUCCCCGGUUCGUUUAGUCCGACUAGGUUUUUCUGAAAAGGACUGCAGACCAGUUGCUGGUUGCAUUUUGUUUGGCUCAACAUCAAGGCCCUGCCUUACUGCUACAUUAUUAUCCUGGUCCAUUUCUUGCAACUCCACUGGACAGUUGAUUUACUGAGUCGGGUUAUAUCUAAACCCGUUGUUUCUUACUUCACUAUUAAGAUGGAUGGGCAACCCGUUCAAUUCUACAGCUAUGCUCAAGAGCUGGCUCUCCAAACCUUCCUCCCACUACUUCGUUCACACCUCCCCACCAGCAACCCACUCUUCAACCGACUCAUCGCACCUCACAAUGUCCCAUCACGUCACUGUCUCUUUGCUGCAACAGUUUCUCCAUCAAAUAUAGACUCCUCCUCGAUUCCGCCGGUCAUUCCUGAGAUCUACACCCUCCUCUUCGCCGACCGGUCGCGGCAUCUUGAAUCGCAAAUCUGGCUCUUCAACCCUCUGAUCACAUAUCCCCAACCCCUCUCUGCCUCAAAUCAGAUCCACCUCAUGACUCAUCUCGAAUCCACGAUUCUCUUUCUCAAGAACAUCCAAAUCCCUCAAGCGCCAGGCUGGCCUUUCUUACCAAUCCUCAAGUUUGGCUGUCUGCACGAAACACUUGCCACAACGCUUCUCUCCAUUGGUAAUGCUAAAGGUGUUGUACGUAGACAAACUAUCUGGAAUCUAUGGCUGGUCGAAACGGGCCCUGUGUCUAAAUCGAAGAAGAAAAAGGAGUUACCAGAGGGAUUCUCGAUGACUAGAGUUCCGGAUGAGCAGCUCGAUCUCGUGCUAUCUACUUCGUCUAUCCCUCGACAAGCUGAAACAUUGAAGCAGCAGCCAAGCGUCGGAUUACUAGAUCAGGAUGGCAAGAUGGUGGCAUGGGGCUAUAUUGGCAUCGACGCAAGUUUCGCCACGUUAUACGUCUUACCCGAGUUCAGAGGCAGAGGACUCGCAAAAAGUGUUGCUGUGGAGUUGAUUGGAAGGUUAGGGAGAGGAGAAUUUGUGGACUUGGGGUAUGAUGGGAGGAGUGGGUGGGUGCAUUCAGACGUCUAUGAGGGGAAUGAGGGGAGCGAGAGUGUGAUGAGAAGUUUGGGGGGAAGGGUAGGAUGGAAGAGUAUCUAUAUGUGGAUUGAUUCUGAAAUGUUCUAGUUCUAUGUAAAGGGAAGAGAGGCGUCUACACCGUCUUCAAAGUCUAUCCUUUCAAUUCGGUGUGAUACAUGACCCCGUCCAUUCCUUCAAUGUCCGUUCCAUCGCAAUGAUUUGGUAUCAGGAAAUCCGAAUGGGAAUUGAGGAUUACCAUUGGCAGCCAUGUCUUGGGCAGCAUGAAUACCAUAGUUGCCAGUGGGGUGUUGAUGAUCAUCCAACUGGUUGAGCGAAGUACUAAUAUCCUGGCCCUGGAAGUCCUG